AUUGGAGAUGGUGGCGGUGUGUCAGACUCGCUGUCCUGCACACAACUUGGCCUGACUUCAGUCUCUUCAGUGACGUCUACUAGAGUGACCUGGUCCUCGGACCUGUCAGCUCUGCAGCCAUGCAUCCCCCUCCUCGGACUGGACCUCCAGGCGCCUCGGGCCCACCUCCUACUGGGCCCAAUAUGUUCCGCAGGCCUCACAAGCAUACAGCAGCAGCAGCAGCUCCUGCCACAAUGCCACCUAUUGCUCAACCCAUGACAGACCCGUUUGCUUUUGUGAGAGCUCCUCCCCCCAUGGCUGCAGGUGCACCUUUGGCUGCAGGUGGUCUCCCAACAAUACCCAACAGCAACGCCCCACCUAAUGCCAUGUACUCGCAGGCUGGCUCAGGGCUGGCUCCUCAACCACAGCCACCGAGGGAUGUUCCAGCUCCUCUUUCUGGUCCCCCGCCCUCCUCUCUACCAGGAGUGAUGCUGUUCAACCCUCACAGUGCAGCAUCCCCUGGCGUUUACCCAGGACCUAGUCCUGUAGGAUAUGCAUCCUCACAUAGUGAACAGGGCUAUUUUAAUUCUACAGAACAGACGCCAUCCAUGGCCGCAGAGCCACCACCUGUGGCCCAGGCACCGGGUCAGACACCUUUUAACCAGGACGCUCAAGGACAGCCUGCUCCUCAGCACAUGUUGUUCCAGCCUGUUCCGCCCACCACCUCCUAUUCUCAGUGGGCCCCUGAUCAUGGUAGUCGCCCUCCAUCAGUUCAGAACUAUUUCCAGCCUACGAGUGACCCCCCGCCACAGCCUUUCAAUUUACCUCCACAGACCCAGAUGUACCCCUCCCACACCCCAUCGACCCAUCACAACAACGCCACCCCUCCAACACAAACUGGACAUCCUCAGAUUCAAGCUCCGCUUCCUCCCCAGAACCCUGUAAAUGCUCCCAGUUCUCAGUGGCCUGACCCAAAUGCGCCCCAGCAGCAUAAUUCCCACUUCCAAACUCAGAGCUACUUCAGUCAGACCUCUGACCCCCGGGAAUCAUGGUUCAAUAUACCGCCACAGGACUCAGGCUACCACCAAAUGGGGACCAGCUUAGCCCAUCCUCAGCCCCGGCCUUACUCUGUUGAAUCUCAACAAGCAUCCAACACUGGGGCUGGAGCUGGGCCUAGUCCUAGUUUUGUCCCUGCCACGGUGCCAUACUCUCAGGAGUCUGGUGCACUCUCAAUGUUCUUCAAAGACAAUGAUGUGGAAAAUGAAGAAUCACUGGCUGGAGAGAGAAACAAGGCAGUGAAUGGUGUCCCUGAAUCCUUUCAGUACCAGAGCAACCCUCAAGCCCACAGUGGACAAGCAGAUGUCCCUUUGGAUUAUCAAAGACCUCCUCCGCAAGAUCAUUCAUACCUACCAUAUAUGAAUGAUGGCGACCAUGCCCCACAAGCAGGUACCCAUGAGACACGUGAUUCCCAGUACGACCACAAGGAGAAUUUGGAGUGCGUCCUGAACCAGGAAGUAUUGCCCAAUGAUAUCCAUGGCAGCCCUGCUGCUACUGCAGCUCAUGGAGUUGACCAGUUUGAAACCGGGCCUAACCUGGAGACUCCCGAUACUAUUCAACGACCAAUUAGAUCGGCCAGUGUGUCAUCCAACUAUAGCAAUAUGAGCUAUGGAAGCGGAAGUGGCGCUCGGCGGCAACAGGGAGUCGUCGGCACCUUCAUUCAGCAGGAAAGCCCACGUCUCAGUGAUGAUGCAAACCUGCCUGCGGCCACCGGAGGCUACUUUGAGCAGAUUGACACUUCUCCAGCUGUCGAUAUGGGUGUGCAACGGAGCUCCCUGGAGCAGAUGUGGCCUACCACACCUAGCCCCCCAAAACCGACUGGUAUCUUUCAGGCCAGUGCUAACAGCUCUUUUGAACCCGUGCGCUCUCAUGGAGGAGUUGGGGUGCGUCCUGCUGAAGUGGAUCGGGCUAAAGUGGUCGCGGAAGGGGGUGCUGACGCUACACCUGGCAACCUGGAGCAGCCGCCAGAUAACAUGGAAAAUAUUUACGUCUCUGGACCCCCCCUGCCUUCUGGGGCUGUCGGUGGUGCUCCUCAUCUACCACACCCAGCAGUGCACUCUCUGUCUCGGCCUUCGUCCCGUGCGUUUGGGGGCAGUCGGCCCUGUGAGAGCCCGGCCACGACUCUGUGGGCUCAGCAUGAUCCUGCCAGCUUGAGCGCUAGCAUCCUCCUGGCCCCUGCGGCCCCAGCGGUUCUUGCACCUUUACGAGAGCCCAGUGCGCACGUCAUCCAACCCUCAGAGGAUGUCCCGCUGAACCUGCAACCCACCCAGAGAAUCCAGCCAACUCCACAGCAACACUCGGAGAACCUAGAGAACCCACCAAAGGUGAGUGAGGCAAAGCCAACUGACCCUGAAGGCAACCUGGGCUAUGCUUCUCUCCUUGUGUCCGACUCGCUCGACCAGCCCGUUUUGAUUGCCCCGCCGGUGUCCAAUUACAGUGUGAUUCCCCCCACUACCCCUGGUCAAGCACCCAGUCAAAGUAGCCUUCGGGAAUCAAUCCCCCCUGUAAGAAUUUUCCCACAGGGAUCGGGUGAAAGUACCUCCCAACCACCUCCAAUGACCUCCAAUCACAAUCCACUGUUUGCUCCUGGACCUAUAAAUUUAAAUUCUUCUGCCUCAAACCAGGGCCCCCUCAAUCUGACCCGAGACAACACCGGAGCAUCAACCUCAGACGUCACAGCUCCGCCUCAGCCAGUCCGCCCUCCUCUCUCAAGGGGCCAAUCAUUGGCUGGAGACGGCCACGCUGCUCUCCAAGUUAAUCCGCAGGCUUCACUUGUGACGGCUCCUGUCUCUAAUCCUAAUCAGCCAUCAAAUUAUGAACUGCUUGAUUUUUCUAUGCACCAAUCACAAGCCCAGAACCCAACACCUGGGCAUCCUUCCUCUCUCCACGAGUCUCCACAGUCGAGUAAUGGAUUUUACCUACAGGUCACCAAAGAUGCUCAGCAGGGGGUAAGGACACAAGGGGCUGUCCCUGUCCAGACGCUGGCCUCUUCAUUUACCCCACAGGUGCCACCGACACCCCCCCAAGCGCCCGCAAACACCCAGCCGCCACCAGCUGAACCCCCUCCGACACCAGACCCUCAGGCUGCACGGCAGGGACACAAUUAUGCUCCUCCUGUUCAAGGGAGUGAAGCACAACCGUCCCUAGACCAGUAUCCACCUCCAGCACAGGGGCCUGCCCCGGGGAGCGCUCCCCCAUCCGCUGCUGCAUACCCCCCGUGGCCUCGAGGACCAGUACCUCCAGGAGCUUCUCAGCCAGCUCCUGCAGAACCACCCCGGCCACCUUCCUCUGCAGGCAGCCAGCAAGGCUAUGGGCCCCCUCCUGCAGGGCCAGGGCAGAUGUAUGGUGGCUAUUAUGGUAAUUAUGGCGAAUACCCAGAUGGCAGAGCACCAUAUCCCCCUGGCCAAUACCCACCUCCACCUGGGGAUCCUAGAGCAGAGCAAUACUAUCAAGAGGGUCCAUACAGGGGCAGAGCAGAGCCUUGGUAUGGCAGGUAUGAAGGGCAGAUCCCACCUCGCGACCCAAACCUCCAGUACAGAGAGCCUCAGCCGGAACGACCCAGCUCCAGAACCAGUCAGUACUCUGACAGGCCCUCCUCCAGGCAAGGCUAUCCUGAGGAUUACCAGAGAGCCAACCAAAGUGCCUACAAUGAAUACUAUGCAGAAUACACCAAACAAUGUGAAUAUGGAGGAUACAACUAUGGCCAGUAUGACCCCCGGUACCGAGCAUACUACGAUCCCGCCUACUGGGCUAAUUAUGAUGAAAGCUACAGAGGCAGAGAAAAUUACUAUAAUCAACAGGUGUAUCCCGCCAGGAAAGAGGGCUAUGACGAUCAGUGGCGCUACUAUCCCGGGUACGAUGCCAGUUUCGAUGACGAUUACCGCCGACGCGCAGAGCCGUACGCCGAUGACUUUGACCGGCGCAGCGUCCACAGCGAGCAGUCGGCACACAGUGUGCACAGCUCUCAGAGCCACCACAGCAGACGCAGCAGCUUCAGCUCCCGGUCACAACAGAGCCAGGUGUACAGAAGCCAGCCUGACUUGGUGUCAGCCGUCUAUGACACCACAUCGUCCACCCUGGCUGUGGAUUACUCCUAUGGACAGUACCCGAGCCAGGCUGACGCCACCCAGAACUACAGCCAGUACCACUAUCCCUCCGAGUACACGGCCGACAGCACCUGGAUCGCCCCUGAGGAACCUCCUCCACGUCCUGCCACCCCAGAGAAGUUCAGCAUGCCCCACCGCUGUGCCCGCUUUGGACCUGGUGGCCAUCUGGUCCAAGUUCUGCCCAACCUCCCCUCAGCUGGACAGCCGGCUCUCGUUGAUAUCCACAAUAUGGAGACUAUUCUGCAAGACACCCCGGAUCAGGCAGAACUACGGGCUUUCCCUGGACCUCUUGUAAAGGAGGAGACUCAUAAAGUGGACGUGAUCAAGUUCUCCCAGAACAAAGCGCUGGAGUGUUCUCGUGACAACAACCUCUUGGACAGGGACUCCGGCUGCCUGCUCUGGGAAUUCAUUGUGCUGCUCUGCAGACAGAACGGGACUGUGGUCGGCACCGACAUCGCGGACCUCUUGAUGAAGGAGCAUCGCUCCGUCUGGCUCCCGGGCAAAAGUCCCAACGAAGCCAACUUGAUUGAUUUUAACAACGAGCCGCUGGCACGAGCCGAGGAGGAGCCGGGAGCCGGACCGCUAUCCCUCCUGUCCGACACCUUCAUGACCGUCCCGGAGAACCUCGGCAAGGAAACCGAGCGCUUCAGGGAGCUGCUGCUGUUUGGCCGCAAGAAGGAUGCGCUAGAAGCCGCUAUGAAGGGAGGGCUCUGGGGCCACGCCCUUCUGCUGGCCAGUAAGAUGGACAACAGGACGCACGCACGUGUCAUGACGAGGUUUGCCAACAGUUUGCCGAUCAAUGACCCUCUUCAGACGGUGUACCAGCUGAUGUCGGGGAGGAUGCCCGCCUCAGCCACUUGCUGCGGAGAGGAGAAGUGGGGUGACUGGCGCCCUCACCUGGCCAUGGUGCUGUCCAACCUCACACACACCCUGGACCUGGACACUCGCACAAUCACCACGAUGGGGGACACUCUCGUCUCCAAGGGGCUCGUUGAUGCUGCACACUUCUGCUACUUGAUGGCCCAGGUCGGUCUGGGAGUUUUCACCAAGAAGAGCACCAAGAUGGUUCUGAUUGGCGCCAACCACAGUUUGCCCUUUUACCGAUGUGCGACCAAUGAGGCUAUCCAGAGGACGGAGGCCUAUGAGUACGCUCAGUCUCUGGGCUCCCAGUCAUGCUCACUGCCCAAUUUCCAGGUGUUCAAGUUGAUCUAUGCAUGCCGCUUAGCUGAAGCCGGCCUGAGUGCUCAGGCCUUCCACUACUGUGAAGUCAUCUCUAGGAAUGUCCUCACGCAGCCUUCCUAUUACUCGCCUGUUUUCCUCAGACAAAUUAUCCAGAUGUCGGAAAAGCUGCGAUUCUUUGAUCCGCAACUGAAGGAGAAGCCGGAGCAGGAGCUCUUCAACGAGCCCGACUGGCUGCUCCACCUCAGGCAGCUGGACGGACAGAUACGGACUGGAGUGAUUACAUACAAUGAAGACAGAGUAACGCCUUCCCAGUUUGAGUGCAGCAGCCCCAGCUCUGACUUGGACCAGCUGAGUCCAUCCGAACCGUACAGCUUACCUGUGGAGUUGGAUGGCCCCACCCCUGACAACCCACUAAUGAGCUCAUUAAUGCCCGGGCCUCCCCCGCAGGGAGUUCAGCUGAUGCCUCCAGCUCCCACCUCUAUCCUCCAAGACGGGAUGGCACUUCCUCAGCCUUUACCCUCCAGCGAAGUCCCCCAUUUCUACCCAGUACCCCCCAGUGAUCCACCAGGCCAGAUGGCCGUCUCAGGCUAUCCUCCACAGAAUCCUGGAUUUGCCCCUCCUCCCUUCCAACCACAACCGGAGCAGACCGAGAUGUACCCGGGAGCCCAUCAGCAGCAGCCGUGUCCCCCGCCUCUUCAAGUGGGCCAAAUGCCGCCACACAUGCACCCCCCUCAGGUGCCGCAUUCACCAAUACAGAUGAACCACCCGCCACCCCAGAUGCCCCAUCACAUGCCCCAGCACAUGCCCCCUUCUCCCGGGCACAUGCCCCCUGCAGAGCAGAUGUCCCACGCCCCACCGGAGAUGCAUCCUGCUCAGCCGAUAUCGUCCUCCCCACCCAGGAGCUCCUUCACACCACAGAUGGACUUCUACGACCACAUGGCCCACAUGGGUCCUGGGAGGAGAUCACGGACUACUUCACAAUCUUCAAUGUAUAUGGCUCCAGGACGCCGCUCUCGCACCACCUCUGAAUCGUCCACUCACUCUGGUGGAAGAGAGCGAAGCAACUCGAUUGUCAUGCAGGCCUCUCCGCCUCCACCUUCGAUCCCCGAGCAGCCGCGCAUAGAAGAGGCCAAGAAAGCCAAGAAGGACUCCCCGAAAAAGGGAGGUGGAGGUGGUGGUGGUGGUGGUGGUUGGCUGAACUGGCUCAAAAGGAAGGGGAAGAACGAGGCUCACUUGCCAGAUGACAAAAACAAAUCUAUCGUGUGGGACGAACAGAAGCAGAAAUGGGUCGACUCGAACGAGCCCGAGGAAGAGAGUAACAAGCCCCUUCUACCGCCUCCUCCCGUCUUCCCCAAGAUGCCUCAGAUGCCCGGCCCCGGAGGGCCCGCCGCACCUCCCGGUGGCGGCCCUCCAGUCAACAUGUUCUCCAUGAGAGCAGGCACGAGGAGCCGAUACGUGGACGUUCUGAACCCCAGUAGGAUGGCGAAGCCGGGCGGGUUGGCCCCUGCUCCGGCAGACAUCUUCGCUCCUCUGGCGCCGAUGUCCAUGCCCGCGAACCUAUUCGUGCCUAGUUCAGCUCCUGACGAUCAACAACCUCUCGAGGGCAGCGAAGGAGGAACUCAGGAGCAAAACACCGUCGCUGCUGAACAGAUGUUCAGCCCAACGUUGUUACCCCCCGCCCCAGAAGGUCCUCCUGUGCCCGACGGCUCGCAGUCCGGGGAGCUCUCACGUUCUAGCUCAAUGAGUUCUUUAUCACGCGAAGUGAGUCAGCAUUUAAACCAGAGUCAUGUCCAAGCCCAGGAAGCGCCACCCGCCGGGGGCGUCACCUUUUAUAACCCCGCACAGUUUGCACAGACGAGUGCACCGUCGGGAGCCGGUCACCGCCCCGGCCGUCUGGGCGGUCAGCGCCAGUACCCAGUGGGGAAAUAAACAUCAUCUUGCAGAGAUAUUGUGUAAACAGACUUGUUGGAUGGAGCGAUAUCGUGGAAGUAAAUGAAGCACAUGGACACACAGCGCUCUGCCUGGACCUUUUUUUUUUUUUUUAAACCCGCACCUAAGAAGAGCCGAAUAAGUCCAUCAUGUAGACCUUCGUCCCAACACUUAACCACUCGGUCAUCUUCUUCGGUUCAGUAAUUGUCACUGGUGUAUUUCCUUUUUGGGCUUUUUUCCUCUUUUUUUUUCUGCAUCCAUACUGCAAACAGACCGUUGUGUAAUGGGUUUUAACACACACGCACAUAAAAAGCUAAAACAUGGAUGCAUUCAUACAAAUACUGAAUACAAAAUAAUAAUGUUGCUCUUGGAAUCUAACACUGUUACCAGAAUGAUCAUCCCAGGUCCCGUUUUAGGUUUCCCUUUGUGUCUAAAGUCCAGAUGUCCCCGUUUUGAUCGAUUGAUUGUAUGUGUGAUGGAUAGAAAGUGGCACCUUUUUAAUUUCACAUUGUGGACUUAUCUGUGCAUUCGCAGCUCUUCAUGUCCCUCUGGCGACUGGAGAUGACGUGUGAGAAUGAAUUGUCAAUAGUGCGUUGUCUGCUGUGUUUGCUUUUCCUCAGUCGCCCUCCAGUAAAGGAAAGAUGUUGUAUGAAACAGUCUGCAGUGUUUGGAUGCUGCUCGUUUCAGAUAUUUAUAUUAUUUUUUCAAUGUCCUCUUGACUUUAAAGAAGUUUUGGGGUCUUCAGUCCAAGUUAGGCUUCAGUUUUCUCCUGAAACAAGUUGAAGGUCUUCAGAACAGCAGGAAUUGGGAUUAAAACUGUUUUUAAAUGUCGCUAAAAAGAAAUCUAUCCAAAUAUUUGUAUAUCAGAUUGAUUGUAUUUAUGAGCUGUAGGCAUAAGGGUGUGUGUGGAGAGCAACUUUUUUUUUUCUGAUCGCUUUGAAGAAAUGCAGUUCUGACUCUCCAGAGAUGACCACGGAGUCAUCGACUGAUCGUUUGUAUCGGCCGCUUCUGCAGACAAAUAAAUCUUUAUCUGAAUUGUGAAUUGAGAGUUAAACGUGCUUCUAAUUGUCAUUUUAAUUUGAUUAUUUGUCACCCUAAAUGAUUUUGUAGACCUCCGGUUAUGAUUUUAAAAGGUCUCUUGUUUCACAGAAGGAAUACUUUUGCCCAAUGUUUUAGAGUUCCUUGUGUAAAAUGGUUGACUUAAAACAGUGAAUACAGAAGAUGAGAACGAAAUGGUAAUAAAGUUAUUUUUAACGCUCUGUAGCACUUUGAA